AUGGUCUAUGGGAUGGCCCUUGGUGCCGCACCUGUCGAUGGUGCCGGUGGCAAUGAAGGCGAAGGGUUUGGUACCGUUUGUCGAGCUAUUCCAUUGGGGAAAAGCCCCUUUUAUACCGCAGAUGAGAUCAGCCUGGAGGUCGCUGCUCACGUAAAACCAAUAGGCUUCAAGCCACUUGGCUUCAAGGAUCGUACAGAACUAGCUUUCGAGGACAACGUCAAACGCUCUGUGUUUAUCUAUCCCGACAGACUAAAAUACUUAAGAGGCAAGCACACAUUCGCCGCUCUCCUGAAGAAAAUGAUUGAGAAGAAGAAGAUCGGUCUUGUCCUGGCACUCACAAGACAUCACGCUGCUCCGGUUUUCUGCGCAAUGCUUCCACAAAUAGAAAGCGGCGAAGAAGGGGGAUGGAACGAACCUGCAGGGUUUCAUCUGAUCCCUUUGCCAUUUGCUGAUGAUGUUAGAGGAGCACCGCUGGAUCAAGCAUUCCGAGGAUGGAGCAUAACCCCGCUACAAGCAAGUGCCUUCCGUGAAGAGUUUGAUUCAGAAGCCUUCAAGGAUCUUACACGUCCAAAAUAUAACAUGAUUCACAAGUGUGGUGGGAAUCUUAUGGAGGAGUGGAAAAGGGCUCUUUUGACCGGUGAAUCCGUGAACGUCGUGCCCGUGACCACAGGAUCCAAAAGAAAGGCCGCAGAAAUCCGCAGUAAACACGAGGUUGGUGCCCUGGCUAAGGUGGGUACUUUGAAUGGUGAUCCGAUGCUCCCUGAAGUCCUGCCUGCUGCUGUGCUCUCUUCAACUAUCUGCGCUGGGACAAAGAAGGUGUUGACACCCUCGGCAUAA